ACUUUAAAAUAUCUUCGUUAUAAUUGUUAUGGCAGGAGAGGGAGGAAGAGGAAGAAAAAGGAACUGGCUUGGUGCUUCUCCUGUCCCCCCUCCACUGCUGCUUUUGGGGGUUUUACCGGAAGCCAGGAUUGGAUACAAGGGGCCUGAGGGUAAGGAAAAGGAGAGUGGUGCCCCCAGUUGGUGGGUCGUGCCCAGGAUCAGGGGUGUCGAGAGGUGUGUGACUGCCAAACUGCCCAGGCUGGGAUCGGGGAGAAUGCAGGCCUCCCUCUUCCUGUGUCUGCUGGCUGCCGAGCUCGGUGCGGCUGUUGUCGCCAUUGCGUCCAGUGAACACCAGCAUCACCGGGUCAAAAACUACCCCUUGCUGCUGCCCAAGGAAGAUCAAUCAUCAGAUGCAACACUACCCAGUUAUCAAAUAGCUCAGAGCAAUAGAGACUUUGCCUUCAGCCUGUACAAGCAAUUGGUCACAGAAGGGCCAGGCAAGAAUGUCUUCUUCUCUCCACUGAGCAUCUCAACCUCCCUGGCCAUGCUGUCUCUGGGCGCGCAGUCCGCCACCCUGACCCAGAUCCUGGAGGGUCUCUGCUUCAACCUCUCCCAUAUCUCAGAGAGGGAGAUCCACGAGGGCUUCCAGCACAUUGUCCGAACCCUAAACCUGACAAGUAAUGAUCUGGAAAUCAACAUGGGAAACAGCCUCUUCGUAAGGAAGCAGAUGAAACUGCAGGAGAAGUUUCAGGGUGACCUGCAGAGGCUGUAUGCUGCAGAAGCUCUCUCCACCAACUUCAAGGACUCUGCAGGGGCAGAGAAACAGAUCAAUGACUAUGUGGAAAAGAAGACCCGAGGAAGGAUAGUAGAAUUAGUUAAGGACCUGGAUGAAACAACUGCGAUGGUGCUAGUGAACUACAUUUUCUUUAAAGCCAAGUGGAAGACACCUUUUGACCCCAGAGACACUCAAGAGAAAGACUUCUUUGUAGAUGACACCACAAUUGUGACAGUCCCCAUGAUGACCCAAAAGAAGGCAUCCCACAGAUUUCUCCACGACGAGGAGCUGGCCUGUCUGGUCUUGGAAAUGAAUUACAAAGGCAAUGCCUCGGCCUUGUUCAUUCUCCCUGAUGAAGGAAAAAUGAAACUGGUGGAAGAGGCCCUCACAAGAGAAACAAUCACGCGAUGGAACAAUCAACUUCGGAGAAGGCAUAUGAUCUUGAUUUUUCCAAAGUUUUCUAUUUCUGGUCAUUAUGGAUUGGAGACGAUACUUCCCAAACUAGGCAUCCAUGAUGUAUUCACUACUCAGGCUGAUCUGUCCAGAAUCAGUGGGAACAGGAACUUAAAGGUUUCUAAAGUGUUUCACAGAGCUGUGCUGGAUGUGGGAGAGAAGGGCACAGAAGCAGCAGCGGCCACAGGCAUAAAAAUAAUGUACAAGUCAGCACCGUUCAUUCCUCCCCUAGUUGUUCACUUCAACAAGCCCUUCCUGAUGUACGUUUUUGACAAACUCACUGGGAGCAUUCUCUUCCUGGGAAAAGUUGUCAACCCAACCCUAAAAUAAUUCUCUUGUAAAGGUUGGGAAUAGCCAGAGGACACAGCAUGGCCCAGUUCUUGGGGUCUCAAGUUUGAAUCCCAGUUCUGCUUCUGGCUUGCUGGGUGACCCCAGCAGGAUUGAUUAGCUCCCAGUUCUCUCACGUGUCUGAAAGGAAUAAAGAAUAAACUUCCUGAACCACUUUGA